AUGCUGAAUGCUGCCAUUGAAAGGCUCGUGAGUCUGGUGAAUGUGGGGGCAGUAAAGUUCUCUACAGCUCUGGUCAGUCCAAAUUUGAAACUGAUGGAAAACUAUGUGAAAGAAGUUAACACUUUUCACGGGAACAAUAAAAUGUCUGUAAUUGGCAUUUCACGGCGCACUACGGUGACGAUGCAGUGA